AUGGACAUGUGGAAGAUGUUGAAUAAGUUUCGCGCGGAGGUCAUUGACCCCUCUUCCGACGAAGAGUCCGAUCAGACGACGCAGACAAUGGCCAUUGUUGCAGCCUCCAUCCUCCACGAGUGCAAUACCAGCCAAAUGUCGGUGCACCGGGGCUCUGUGAAGGGCCGCUCAAAAAAUAUGCCGUGCAACGGAGUGGAAGGGCACCUCCGGCUCCACAAGGACUACUUCGACCGCACCAAUCCGGUGUUCCCGGAAAAAAUGUUCCGGCACCGGUACAGGAUGUCAAGGGACAUGUUCAUGAUCAUUCUACAUGGCGUUAGAGACUACGAUCCCUACUUCCAAUGCAGGCCCGAUGCAACAGGUGCGCUAGGUUUCACCUCUUACCAAAAAUAUUCCACAGCUAUUCGCAUGCUAUCCUAUGGAAUGGCUGCUGAUAUAUUCGACGAGUAUCUUCGAUUGGGUGAGAGCACCUGCCUCGAAAUGCUUAUGCAAGGCCAAGCUCCCCCUGUGAGUUAUGAGAUCAAUGAAAAUGAAUAUGGGAAGCCAUAUUAUCUUGCUGAUGACAUCUACCCUAACUGGGCCACACUGGUGAAGACUGUCCAUAAUCCAAGAUGA